AUUCGAAAAUUGAGGGCGCCGGGCGACUCCACCGUUCCCCUCGCUCUAGAAUCAGUCGUCCGCUUACGGUAUCCAGCACGAUGGACCACGCUCAUUCUCGCCGAUCUUCCUCGCUAGGAGAUCGUCCUUCCGCGUUCUCUUGAUUCUUCCGCCUCAAGUGUACAGGGGUUCUUAGAUUUGUACUGACAGUACCUUGAGCCUUGCCACCGGAUCCCGGUGCGUGAAGAUGGCACCUGGUAAUGAAACACGAAUCUUGUUCGUUCCGUACCGUCCUUCUCCUGCGGCUGAACAACCUUCAGAACGGUCCGAGAUCUCGCUGCAGAAGCAUGCUGCUCGCGAAUAUCAUAGAAAAGCCAAAGUAGCUCGACUAGCAAAGGCGUACACAGGCAGCAACGCGCAGCCACCUCAUCAGCGUAAUGCACUUGGCAAGCCUCCUACGCAAGUAACUCGUCUGCUCUCACAAGCCGAUGAAAGGGAAGCAUGGCGACGCAACGCUCCUUCCCAACGCAUACCUGGUACGAACACUUUCCGCAUUAGGACAGCUGCAGCAGCGAACUUGCAGUCACCCACAGACGUGGGCGUUGGCAAGGUAGAUCCGUUCAACGUCCUCAUUCGCCAGAAUACACCACAGUAUGUCCAGGAGAUGCUCGACUAUGCGGUCUCGUAUCAGUGGCCUGUCUUUUCCUGCUCGAUGGCGGCAGGAGCAAUCAGUGAGAUCAAACAUACUGUUCUAGCCAGUGCAAUGCGCUCUCAAGCAGCUUUCUACACGAUCGUUUUCGCAGGCGCAGCUCACAAUGCCUUUGCUCACACCGGCAUGGCGAUAACAAGGGAGAAUAAGAUCUUGCGGCUGACUUACAAGACUCAUGCGAUUAAGGCUUUGAACAACGAAAUCUCAUCGCUCAAGGGCUACGUCUCGGAUGAGCUACUGCUCUGCAUGGUAAUGCUUGGUGCACACGGAUCUGGGGAUACCUUAAGCCCCAGACCCAGUCGCACUAAUGAGUCGUCGCUGCUCACGGCACAGAACUUCCACUUCUAUGGCCAUAUGCACUGGGAGACAGCACACUGGGACGCGGUGAAGCACAUGGUCCAGCAAAGAGGCGGGCUCCACACUGUUCGCUUGGACUACCUCUCCAACAUCAUUGCUUUAAUGGAUUUGAUUGCGGCCCUUAAAAAUGUGUCUGCUCCCAGUUAUCCUUUACGCGUGUCGACAGCACGAUUGAUGUGUUUCUGGCCUUACACCAAACGUGAAGCCGUGCGGCCGCUACUGCACAACCUUGGUACAGGUUUCCAAGACCUAUCUCCUGUGGUCCUCGACGAUCAACUAACUCGCACUGUCGCUACGAUAUGUGAGAUCUCGAAAGGCUAUGAUCUGUACAUGCACAAGGACAAAUCGGCACCUGAACUCAUUGUCAUCAUAUGGGGAAGGAACUGCCUCAUUCACGACCUUCUCUCCCUACCUGACAAGUCUUCCGAUCCUCUCAAUCCAGAUUCCUGCGUUUACGAGGUCUGCAGGCUUGCCACGCUAGCAUAUAUGCUUCUUGUUCUGUUUCCAUUUCCCCGUGUUUCAGGAAUGCACUACACGCUUGCGCAACGGCUUAUGCUCAUUCUGAACACUUGUUGGACGUUCGGGCUCCAGCAAGAACAUCGGGAGCUCUUUUUGUGGGCAACAAUGCUGGGCGGUAUUCUCUCGCAAAACACUGCGUUACGAGUCUGGUUUACGGAGGAACUACGACUGCCUGCCCAACAGGCACAGAAGUCGUGGAGUUCGAUCAAGCACGUCUGCGCACGGUUUUUGUGGUUUGAGCAAGACUGUGACGCCCCAGGCGAGGAACUCUGGACAGAGGUCUCGCGGACAUCCAAGCUUCAACCUAUGUUUUUGCCUGGUGGGAACACAGGAGCCUGACUUCAGCAAUGAUACGAACAAGCGUCAUACUUCAACAUCAUUCCACUACCAAUUGACCGCACUACCACGGCACAAUCUUCCCAUCAUACUGAUUGGGACCGUCUGUGUUCUCCCACCCUGGAACAAGAAUGUUUCGGAACGUCCCAUUGUCCUCGGUCGUGCUGUUCCCAAUCACAUGGAGUGUAGCUUUCGCACCGACACUGACAUCCAGGUCGGCAUUUUCGGUACCCAGAUCAGUUUUGAGCCACUGUCGCAGUUGGGGACAUUGGUCAGCAAAUUAACCUAGGGCA